UUUCCAGCAGGCCCUUUAUGGGUCCAAGCGUUGCUUAGAGACGCGUUGUUGUCGCGCAUCUUCACAGUGAAUUUUCUGGAACCAAACCGAGAAUUUUCAUCACAAAAUAGCGAUGUUUGUCUCGUCUGUAAUCCAGCUGUGAAUGCGAACAAACUUACGAAGAGUCUUAAAUACAUCUGCACGGGAUUGUUAGACAAUAUUCUGCCGUAAAUAUUGAUAUAGAUAGCUUGGGUUACAAACACGCUAAUCUGCUAACUAAUUAGCCAGCUAGCCAAAGCGAGAUUCGGACACGGUCGGCGUAUCUUUGGAAAAAUAAACUUUAUUAUUCGCUUUACGGCUUGUAAAGAUGAACUAAAUGCCCUCUAUAGAGUUGUUCGAGCGCGUGUGAUGGAGUAAAGCAGCAGUGUUUCAGCUGUCAUCAUCAUCUGCUGGUCUCGCAAUGGACGCAGGAGGCAUUUCUGAUCUGGACCUGGAGAAAUAUGACGCUGAUGAGCAAGUCAAGAUCAUCUGCCUCGGAGACAGCGCUGUGGGCAAAUCCAAGCUUAUGGAGAGAUUCCUUAUGGACGGAUAUCGGCCUCAGCAGCUCUCCACAUACGCUCUGACUCUGUACAAGUACACCACCACCAUCAAUGGACAAACUGUCCUGGUUGAUUUCUGGGAUACUGCAGGGCAGGAACGUUUUCGAAGCAUGCACCCGUCUUACUACCAUAAAGCUCAUGCCUGCGUCAUGGUGUUUGAUGUCCAGAGGAAAAUCACAUAUAAGAAUCUCCCAAAUUGGUACAAAGAACUGCGGGAGUACCGUCCAGAGAUUCCCUGUCUGGUGGUCGCUAACAAGAUCGAUGCUGACAUUAAGGUCACCCAGAAGAGUUUCAACUUCGCUAAGAAACAAGGUCUGCCCUUCUACUUUGUAUCUGCUGCUGAUGGGACCAAUGUGGUCAAGGUGUUUAAAGAUGCCAUUCAGAUGGCUCUGUCCUACAAGAAGAACUCCAGUGACUUUAUGGAUGAAGUCAUGAGGGAGCUAGAGAACUUUGAUUUAGAGAGUAAAGAAGAAUCAUCUGAUAAAGAAGAGGAGACACAAGAGGGAAAACCAGACUCGGCGUGACCAUGUCAAAUUCUUCAUCCUCUUCUUUCCUCAUUCUCUGUCUCCGCUGCUUCUGCAGUUGUACUGAUGAGCUCUUCAGAUCAUGGCUGUCCUCUCACCGUCCUGAGCAGCAGAACUCUACCUCACACCACUCAAAGUGUGUGUCUGUUCUUGGAAUAAAUUAUGCUUCUGUGAAUGUACAGCUGGCAUUAUCAGAUGAUUGACAUGAUAAUGGAAUACAAUGCACUCUGAACUUCGAUUUGAUACAAAUUGUGCAGCAUGCAUAUUUAGUAAAAAAAAACAAAAAAACUUUUAGCACUCUGGUGGUAUAUGACGCUUUGUGCCGAAUUUAACAUGAAAUAUUUUUAAUUGCAAUUUUAUAUAUCUUUGUUUUCAGAUGGAAGUUUUAGUGAAAUAUUUAUGAGCCACUCAGAUUUUUUUUUUUUUUGGUGUACUAUUUUACAACAUUUGCACAUUUCAAGUAACAUUUUGUGAUGCUCACUGGUAUAAAUAAAGUACUUGAUCUUUGUACAAGGGUAGUUGAUUAUAUUGUACAAGCUGAAAUUAUACAUAGUUUUAAGAUAAGCAUUUUCUCUUAUACAUUUAUAUUACUAUAAAAUUGUAUGUCCAUCUCAUUUGCCAACUAAACAGGUUUUUAUAUUAACGCGAUUUAUUGCAAGCACAUCUGAGAACAGGAUCAAAGUCUCCUCAGGAAUGGAUGAGAAGACAGCCGUGAUGCAAACUCAGUGUAGCAGAUGAAUGUGUGUUUGUGUGGAUGUGAAAACCAGAGCAAAGAAAGAGCAGGGACUGCUCCGGAGGAUCACUGACCAUUACAAACGGCCAGAUUACAGUUCCAGCUGUGAAACACUAUUAACUUCUAUCUUAAAAUGAGGAUGAAUGACUAACGUGUACUUUACCUGAUAAUGUGCAGCUUUCGAUCUUUGAGCCACUCACUGGACAUCUCAGACUCGGAGCGAGUCAAAUAGACAUUCAGGCCAAGUGCAGCUGUUUGAUGAGCUGUCCAGUGAAACCGGGGGAAGUUCAGGAGUGAAUCUCAUGAAACAUCAAGAGCAUGUCUAUCAUGUUACAGCA